AUGCUGCGCCAUCUGCCGGGACUGCUCCUGCUGCUCUGGCAGCUGCUGCUGCUGCCACCCCCCGCCGUCCCCGGCCCCCUGGACCGCCCCGGCUUCCUGAAGUUGGGGACCCGCGGCCCAGGGGGCAGCCCCGGACGCCGUCCCGCUCCGGCCGCCCCCACCGGCACGCCCUAUUCUGGGGCCGGCCAGCACGGCGGGGCCCGCGGUGCAGGUGUUUGCAAGAGCAUGCCCUUGGACUUGGUGUUUAUCAUUGAUAGUUCUCGUAGUGUACGGCCUCUGGAGUUCACCAAAGUAAAAACCUUUGUCUCGCGGGUAAUUGACACUCUGGACAUCGGGCCGGCAGACACGCGGGUGGCAGUGGUGAACUACGCCAGCACCGUGAAGAUCGAGUUCCAUCUCCAGACCCACUCGGAUAAGCAGUCCCUGAAACAGGCCGUGGCGCGGAUCACACCCUUGUCCACAGGGACCAUGUCGGGCCUGGCCAUCCAGACAGCGAUGGACGAAGCUUUCACAGUGGAGGCAGGAGCUCGGGGACCCGCUUCCAACAUCCCUAAGGUGGCCAUCAUUGUGACAGAUGGGCGGCCCCAGGAUCAGGUGAAUGAAGUGGCGGCUCGGGCCCAGGCGUCCGGUAUUGAGCUGUACGCCGUGGGCGUGGACCGGGCAGACAUGGAGUCCCUCAGGAUGAUGGCCAGUGAGCCCCUGGACGAGCACGUUUUCUAUGUGGAGACCUAUGGGGUCAUUGAGAAACUUUCCUCUAGAUUCCAGGAAACCUUUUGUGCUCUGGACCCAUGCGCGCUGGGCACACACCAGUGCCAGCAUGUGUGUGUCAGUGACGGGGAAGGCAAGCACCACUGUGAGUGCAGCCAAGGAUAUUCCUUGAAUGCCGAUAAGAAGACGUGUUCAGUUAUUAAUAAGUGUGCUCUUAACACUCACGGCUGUGAACACAUCUGUGUGAACGACAGAACUGGCUCUUAUCACUGUGAGUGCUAUGAAGGUUAUACCUUAAAUGAAGACAGGAAAACGUGUUCGGCUCAAGAUCAGUGUGCUUUGGGCACACACGACUGUCAGCACAUUUGUGUGAAUGACAGAGCUGGGUCUCAUCACUGUGAAUGCUACGAGGGCUACACUCUGAAUGAAGAUAAAAAAACGUGUUCAGUUCAUAACCAGUGUGCACUGGGCUCUCAUGGGUGCCAGCACAUCUGUGUGAAUGACGGGGCCGCAUCUUACCACUGCGAUUGUUAUACUGGCUACACCUUGAAUGAAGACAAGAAGACAUGUUCAGCCAUUGCAGAAGCACGAAGACUCAUCUCCACAGAAGAUGCGUGUGCGUGUGGAGCCACACUGGCAUUCCAGGAUAAGGUCAGCUCAUAUCUGCAGAGACUGAACACCAAGCUUGAUGACAUUUUGGAGAAGUUGCAAGCAAAUGAAUAUGGACAAAUACAUCGUUAAAUUCCUCAAAUUUUUUACCUGGAAAUAUG